AGCAACUCCCUGAUUAAAAUGUCAUAAAAAAUUAAAACUUCAAGAUCAACAACUCCCAUUCAAGGGAUUUUUCGUCGAAAAUAUCUUUAUCAGCAGUUUAUUGCGAUACCUGUUAUUUAAACACGUCGCCGGCACAGAUGACGAACCAAGCUUCACCCGUUGAAGAGCAAGAGAAGCUUCUUGACGAUGCGUUGAAUGUUGUUAAAGUCCAGGCGUUUCAAAUGAAGAGAUGCCUGGAUAAGUCCAAGUUGAUGGAUGCCCUGAAGCAUGCCUCGACCAUGCUGGGCGAGCUGAGGACAUCACUGCUUUCACCAAAGAGUUACUAUGAGUUGUACAUGGCAAUAACGGAUGAACUACGACAUCUAGAGCUGUAUCUGUUGGAAGAGUUUCAGAAAGGUCGUAAAGUGGCCGAUCUCUAUGAACUGGUCCAAUAUGCUGGCAACAUUGUACCGAGGCUGUACCUCUUGAUCACCGUUGGACUUGUUUACAUAAAGACAAAUACGAAUUUAAGAAGAGAUUUGCUAAAGGAUCUGGUUGAGAUGUGUCGUGGCGUGCAGCAUCCAUUGCGCGGGCUUUUCUUGAGAAACUAUCUCUUGCAGUGCACUAGGAAUGUGCUCCCGGAUACCACCGAAGCUCCGAAUGAAAACGAAGGCACUGUUCGCGAUGCUAUUGAUUUUGUUUUGAUGAAUUUCGCCGAAAUGAAUAAACUCUGGGUUAGAAUGCAGCAUCAAGGUCAUUCAAGGGAUAAAGAGCGUCGUGAGCGCGAACGUUCAGAGCUCCGGAUCCUCGUGGGCACGAAUCUAGUACGCCUGUCGCAGCUGGAGUCGGUGGGCGAACUGGACUACCGCCGCCUCGUGCUGCCGGGGAUCCUGGAGCAGGUGGUCAGCUGUCGUGACGCCAUCGCACAGGAGUACCUUAUGGAGUGCAUUAUACAGGUUUUCCCCGACGAAUUCCACCUGGCGAAUCUGCAACCUUUCCUCAAAUCUUGUGCGGAGUUACAACCGGGGGUCAACAUUAAGAACAUUAUAAUCGCGCUUAUUGAAAGAUUGGCGGCUUACAGUCAGAGAAAUGAAGGCAAUGUCAAUCUGAGUGUUGUUCUGGAAGACGGUAACGAACAGGAGGUCCAACUGUUUGAAGUUUUCUCUGACCAAGUAGCGGCCAUUACUCAGAGUCGCACGGACAUGCUACCGGAAGACAUGUUGGCGUUGCAGCUGGCGUUAUUGAAGCUAGCCCAGCGUUGUCACCCGGACAAGUUGUCCUACGUCAACAGGGUCCUAGCACACACGGACAGGAUAUGUGCUGAUAUAUACCAGAGCAGCGGUAAACCAUAUCUGGAACACAACACUCCAGUCUUCAAAGAACUGAUGAAGAUUCUCAAGCUGCCCGCUGACCACUACAAGAAUAUCCUGACACUGAUCAAGCUCCAGAACUAUGCUCCACUGAUCAGCCGGCUCAACCAGAUUGGCAGGAUGAUGAUUGCUGUUCAUCUUGUUAAUGAUGUGCUGGAAAGUGAUACUACUGUAUCUACGCCGGAAGAUGUGGAGUCAGUGCUGUCGAUGCUGGACGUGUUGGUGCGCGACCAACCCGACCACACACCUGACACAGACCACGAUGACUUCAUGGAGGAACAGGGUCUACUGGCAAGACUGAUCCACCACUUCAAGUCGGACAGCGCCGACCAGCAGUACCUGAUCCUGAGCGCGGCCCGCAAGGCGCUGCAGGCGGGCGGCGCCAAGCGCAUCCAGCACUCCUUCCCCCCCAUCGUCUUCCACGCUUACCGUCUCGCUUUCACUUAUAAGGAGCUCAAGGACCAGGAUGAUAUGUGGGAAAAGAAAUGUCAGAAGAUUUUCCAGUUCUGUCACCAAACUAUCAGUUUGUUGGUGAAGGCGGAGCUGGCCGAGCUGCCUUUAAGAUUGUAUCUGCAAGGAGCGCUCGCGAUCAGCGAAAUAGGAUUUUCAAAUCACGAAACGAUCGCAUACGAGUAUCUCUCGCAAGCGUUCUCACUGUACGAGGACGAAAUAUCGGACAGCAAGGCUCAGUUAGCGGCGAUUACGCUUAUCAUCGCCACGUUCGAACAAAUUAAUUGUUUCGGCGCAGAGAACGCGGAGCCGAUGCGCACCGCGUGCGCGCUGGCCGCCAGCAAACUGCUCAAGAAGCCCGACCAGAGCAGGGCCGUCGCGCUCUGCGCGCAUCUCUUCUGGAAGGCGCGCAAGGACGGCCGGCAGUGGCCGCUGAACGAGUCGGCGCGCGCGCUGGACUGCCUGAAGAAGGCGGCGCGCGUGGCGCAGCAGUGCAUGGACGGCGGCGUGCAGGCGCAGCUGCUGGCCGAGCUGCUGGGCCGCUACGCGCUGCUGCGCGAGCGCGGCAACGACUGCCUCACCACCGCGCUCAUCGACGCGAUAAUACAAAAGAUACGAGAGGAGCUCGGCAAUUUGGACCAAUCGGAGGAGGUUGAGCAGAUAACGAAACAUUUUCACAAUACUCUCCAGCAUAUCAAGAACAGGAUGGAGUGUCCCGACCCCGACGGACUCGGGUACGAGGGCCUCGUGUUGUCCUAACUGAGACAUAUAUAGUCAUAGUCGUACCUCAUUAGAGUUCGGCCGCUUAGAGAAAGCGUUCCUGGCGUCUGUCCAACGGUCGCGGCAAACAUAAACAGUUGAGAUAACCUUGCAAGAGCGUACUCUAGAAUACUUUACUUUUUAACAAGCACACACAUUGUGUAAAAAAUAUUUUCAAUGUGAUUUUCACCAUCUUCAAAACAUCUGAUAAACUUGAAAAUUGGCACACGUGCUAAUAACCGGUAACAAAGAAUAUCUGAAUAAUAAUGUUCAGUCAGGAAAUUAUAAAAGACUUGUAUUACGGGUUGUCUACGUACCGUUCGUCCUAGUAUCGGUAAAGGUUGUCGAAAUUCAUUAUAGAAAAUUUAAUAUAUGAAUUUGUACGUAUCGAACAAUUUUUUUCUUAUCUUUUUUUCGAUUUUAUCAUUGAUCAAUAAAAAACGGUCGACCAAUAGUGGUGACCUUCGCCUUAUUACAUAUAGGUUUAGUGAAAUAUUAAAAACAUAAUUGUAAGUUCACGUAACUAUAUAGUUUUAGUGAUAUUAUACGUUAAUAGGGUAAAUUGCCUUCGAAGUUACGACGCCUGUUCGAUAAAGAGCUGUCAGGGACACAUUCUCGCAUCGGCCGGUCUUAAGUCUUAACACACGAUUCUCAUUCGAAAUAUUCAUUUCGAAUAUUCUAGAAAACUGUAUUUUAAUUGAGCAUUUUAACAUUUUCCGAUUCAGUAUUUUAUUUUAUUACAAUUUGUCCGAUCGGUAACUAAAAAAACUUUCAAGGUUUUAGUGGUGGUAAGUGCAAGCUCUUCUGUGGUACCACCCAUGCAUCAGUUACAUCGUUAUACCGAGAAGUAAGUUAUAUCCCUCAACUUCUUAGAUCCCAUGCUUGGUUGUAGAAUGAUGGUGUAAGGAAUACUUCUUGGAUUGCUACAUGUAACAAUUACAAUUUGAUAUUCAAAGAUUAGCCUUUGGUUGACGCUUACUAAUAUCAAUUAUUGGAAUAAAGAAAGCUUAUACCCUCGCCUCAAAUGCUACUCAAGGCCUACAUAUACUCUAUUCCAGCAAUAACAGGAAAAAGCCAAAUAACAUUUGACAGCAACGACGAUAUCAUUGGCCGAGAGCUCGAUAUUUACUAGGGAUAUGCGAAAAAAUGGCGUUUUAAGCGUCGAUGAAACUGUUAUCGGAAUUUUGGAAGUAAAAUUAAAGUAAUUAAAUGUAUUAUAAAUAAAGAUACAUUAUUCAUAAACUAUCGCAUCAUCAAAUCGCAUGAAUUACUUAAAAAUAGGCUUGUUUAUCUUUUUUCCCACUUUCAUUGGAAUAGGCUAUGUAUCUAGAUACAACAGCCUCUGCCCCCAGCUAAUAAUUCUCUAAAAUUGAAACCAAUAUGCAUGGAAAGGUUUCACAGUGGAUACAUAGUAGAGCUUGCAAGUUCUACCUGUUAAGACUACUUUUUAAUAAAUAAUAAUAAUGAAAGUGAUUUUAUGAACUUCGAUCAAUGAAAUCAAUUAUGAAUGAUCUUCUAAACUAGAAUGGAACCAUUAUUUGUUUAAAGACACAUAGUUCUCGUAUUUUAAGCGUGAAGUUAUUUUUCUAAGUGAUGAAACAAUUGUCUAUGGUACAGUAGUCUUAUUAUCUGUAAAAUGUUAUACAUAAUUGUUUCCUUAAUAAGAAACAUUUUUUUAUCUAUGAUAAUUUUGUAUAG